AUGGCGAGGCGCUUUGGGAGAAGGUGGAAUGGCGAAAUGGAUGCCUUUUGUGGGGAGAAAGUAUUUCGGAAAAUGAGUAACAGAAAACAUGAUGAAUGUUUCGUUGUAGUGAAGAUUACAGCAAUAUGUCCUCCUAGUCUGCUUAGAAGAGUAAGUGAUCUAUUGAGAUGGGAAUGCAAGGAUAAAUCCCUUCAUCUUCCAUGGAAGCUUAGAACUUUCCCAAUGAUAUCUGAUUCGAGCCCUUUUUAUCUCCAUUUAGCCCACCAAAGAUUAAUGAAACUUCGCGAAAAAUGCGUCGAGGCGAAUGUUCCUCUGUUAAUUGAUGCAGAAGAUACAUGUAUUAACUACUUUGGGCACACCGCAUCAAUCAUGUAUCACAAAGAUGAUAAGCCUAUAGUAUUUGGGACAAUUCAGGCUUAUUUGAAAGAUGCAAAAGAGAGAUUGGUAAAUGCAAAGAAAGCUGCAGAUAAAAUGGGAGUUCCAGUUGGGUUUAAAUUGGUGAGGGGUGCAUAUAUGUCAAGUGAAACACUAUUGACUUCUUCUUUGGGUGUCAAGUCCCCAAUUCACGAUAGUAUUCAAGAAACACAUCAGUGUUACAAUGAUUGUGCAGCUUUUAUGCUUCAAGAAAUUGCCAAUGGCUUGUUCUUGCAACCCAUAAUUUGGAAUCAGGACAAUCAGAAUCUGCAAUUUGCACAACUAUAUGGAAUGUCAGAAGCCCUUUCUCUUGGUUUAGUUAAUGCAGGUUUUAGAGUUAGCAAGUACUUGCCAUUUGGACCUGUUGAGCAAAUUAUACCGUAUCUUGUAAGGAGAGCUGAAGAAAAUAGAGGCCUAUUAUCAGCUUCAUCCCUUGACAGACAUCUCAUGAAGUAA